UUCAAAGCACAUGCGUCGACUAAUUCACAUCAAUAAAAUAACAGAAUUAGUUUUUGCAAUAAAUUUGUAUCUUAUUUGUGUAUAAGUUUAACAAACCCAUGUACUUUUCCCAGAAAGUUUUAAUAUCAACAUUACUUUUAGGAAUCAGCAGAAGAUUUUCAGUUGGGAAAGAAAUGUCAGGUGAAAUAGAUUCUUACGUCCCAGGGACUCAUUCAGUGGCUUAUGUCACAACUCCCAGUGAAGAAGUUGCAAAAAAAUUAGCACAUGGUCUGAUCAAACAGAAACUGGCAGCUUGUGUGAACAUAAUCCCCAAAAUUACUUCAAUUUAUGAAUGGGAGGAUAAGAUUAAUGAAGAUGCUGAAGUUUUGAUGAUGAUUAAGACCAGAACUUCCAAAAUUAGUGCUUUGACUCAAUAUGUCAAGUCUAAUCAUCCAUAUACAGUUUGUGAGGUCAUUUCUCUGCCUAUUGAGAAUGGAAAUGAGGCUUAUUUGAAAUGGAUUGGUGAUAUUGUCCCCAAAAAAUAAGAGUGCCAUAAAUAUGUACAACAGUUUCAAGUCUGAUUUUUGUUAUUAAUGUAUGAAAUAAAUAGUUCUCUUUCAGUAUA